ACAAGUCCGACAUUCUUCUUUCUUUUAGGACUUCAUCAGUCGUCGUUUUCUUCGGAUUUCUAUCGACUGAGGUCCAGAAGACCGUCUGAUUGCACCAAAGACAAAACUUUCGAACGUCCACUUCAACCGUCAAAGAUGUCUCAGAUCCGCCAGAACUACAACUCUGACAACGAGGAGGGUAUCAACCGCCAAAUCAACAUGGAGCUUCAUGCUAGCUAUAGCUAUUUGUCCAUGGCCCACUACUUCGACCGUGACGAUGUGGCUCUCAAAGGUUUGCACAAGUUCUUCAAGAAGAUGUCUGACGAGGAACGAGAGCAUGCCGAGAAGUUGAUGGAGUUCCAGAACAAGCGAGGUGGCCGCAUCGUGCUUCGGAACAUUGGGAAACCUGAGAAAGAUGAGUGGGGAAGUGGACUAGACGCCAUGCUGGUGGCCCUUAACCUGGAGAAAGCUGUAAACCAGUCUUUGCUGGAUCUGCACAAAAUCGCCAGUAAAAACAAGGAUGGCCAGGCCUACUACUUCGACCGUGACGAUGUAGCUCUGAAAGGCUUCCACAAGUACUUCAAGAAGAUGUCUGACGAGGAACGCGAGCAUGCCGAGAAGCUGAUGGAGUUCCAGAACAAGCGUGGAGGCCGCAUCGUGCUUCAAGACGUUAAGAAACCAGACAGAGAUGAGUGGGGAACUGGAUUAGACGCCAUGCAGGUGGCGCUUUCUCUGGAGAAAAGCGUGAACCAGGCUUUGCUGGACCUGCACGAAGUCGCCAGCAACCACAAGGACGCCCAGAUGACUGACUUCUUGGAGGGCGAGUUCCUUCAGGAACAAGUCAAGUCGAUCAAGGAGCUUGGCGAUCACAUCACCAACCUCAAACGUGUGGGCCCUGGCCUUGGCGAGUACAUGUUCGACAAGGAAACCCUGGAGUGAGCUGUCGACCCUGCAGCGACACAGGGGACGUAACUGCGACAUGGCUGUCCAGCAGAGUAGAGCAAGAGUUCCCCCGCACACUCAGUCUCCAAAAUUGCUUCACGAAUGCAAAAUUUCUGCUUGACCCAAGUUUUCCC